GUGCCUCUCUCGAUUCGAAUCGGUAUAAAAGGCGAAUCCCGAGGCGUGCCGGGGAUAGUCGUCGCACAAAUUUCGCGGAACAUGAGAGGCUCGCUGGGAGGAACGAUAAUAUUGGCUACGUGUUUCGCAGCCUGCGUGGCGGUGUGCCGCCCCGGCUUGAACGGAAGGAACGAUUGGUACCGGUGCGAGGGGUUGACCGAAAUAAACGUAUCGGUAUUGCCAUUUGGCGCGGUCGGAUUGGAAAUCGUGGCGUCGAAUCUCAGCACGAUUCGGAUCGCCUCGUUCACCAAACUUUCCGAAUCGCUGGAGGAGUUGAACAUAACCGGAUGCGGCGUGGAGACGAUCGAGCCAAGCGCUUUCAGAGGUCUUGGCAAAUUAAAAGUGUUGGGUUUGGUCGACAACAAGAUUCGAAGCAUCGACGCCUCUUGGAUCAGGGAUGUGUCGGGUUUGAAGGCGCUGAUCGUGUGGCGUAAUCGGAUCACCGACAUAGAUCCCAAUAUUUACAGCCUGUUGACCGAGUUGGAGGUUUGGGACAUCGCCCACAACCAGCUCGCCGAUUGUCUACGACCGGAAAUGUUGAAGAAGCUGAAGAAGCUUCGAACGAUCUUGAUCGCGGGCAACCCGUGGGCGUACAGAUGCCGCUUCUCCAUGACCUGGUAUCUGGGCAAAAAUCACAUCCGUUUCAUCAGGGAUUGGGGCAUCACCGAUCUUCUGAUCGAGGAGUGCUUGGCUCACGAGCCAGGUGCGCAGCAAGACGACGCGAUUUUGAACAAAUGCGUAGACAGAAAGGUCGGUUCCUCCGACUCGUUGCCCGAAACCGUGGCCGGGUUGAACGAGCAGGUUCGAGAAUUGACCAACAGGCUUUCCAGCUUGGAGGCUGAGGUGGCCCAGUCGAAGAAGUCGAGGGUCUAACUCCGUUUCUUCGAUAUCCACCUUCGAUAAAUGUCGAGAAAUGUACUAGAUAUUAUUCAUAGAUACAAAUGAUCCUCCCGUUCAAGUAGAAUUCGUCGAGAUAAUAUCUUGCACACAAUGUACGCCAUAUCAUCAUCGAUCAGCAAUAAAGAAGUUAGUCAUCGCGCA